AUGGACCCCAAACAAUCAGCAGCCUCGGAUGAGGAGGACGACUACAUGAACAUGACGUUCGAGGAACCCUCGACCAUCAAAACGGCCCAACCAGAAACCUCCCUCCAGCGACGUCAGCGCCUGAGACGUGAGGGGGAGAUCCGCGGACGCGUUAAGUCCAAGGAGGAGCUCGCGGCGGAAGAGGCCGCGGCACGCGAGAAGGCGCUCUCGCGGUCCCUCCUGGAGGACGCCGCCGCCAAGAAGAGCAAGGGCCUCGCAAUGAUGGCCAAGAUGGGCUUCAAGGGCGGCGCGCUCGGCGCCGGCGGUGCCGCGGGUGACGGUGCGCGCACGGAGCCCAUUGCUGUGGAGGUCAAGGAAGACAGGGGCGGCAUCGGCAUGGAGAGCGAGAAGAAGCGCAAGAUGAGGGAAGCUGCAGAGAGGAUCGAGGAGGAGGUCAGGGAGGGUAAGAGGGCCAAGGUCGAUCCGCUCGAGUACCGGGAUCGGGUGAGGCAGGAGAGGGAGGCGGCGAGGGUGCAGGCACAGGUUUUUGCGGCGCAGAGGGUCGCGGAGAGGAUGGCAGAAGAGAAGGAUGCCGAGAGCGGGCUUCAAGUCAUCGAAAAGGGCGAGGAGACGGAUUCCAGGAAUGGGGCGGGGGAUGAGGAGGAGGAGAAUAUGAAGAAGAGGAGGAAACCGGCUGCCGGUGCAACGGCGAGGCCGCUCAAGUCUAUCAACGUCCUUUGGCGGGGUCUGGCGCGGCACCGCGAGGAAAAAGUGAGGGACCGACGGAUGCGGUAUGACUUGGAGCAGAGCCUAUCGCGGCUGCCAACGUACGAGGAUGACCAGGAGGAUGAGGACGACCGCACGGCACUGGGGAAAAGGCAGACCGUCUACGUCACGGCGGAGGACCUGGACGAGGAAGACAGCGAGCUGGAUGAGUUCAACGAGUUGGAGGACGCCGAGAAACUGAGGCGGCUGGUGGAAUAUCUCAGAAAGAAGCAUCGAUAUUGCUUCUGGUGCAAGUUCACGUACACAGACGACGAGAUGGAGGGGUGCCCUGGCGUCACUGAGGAGGACCACGAUUAA